CCGAGCAGCCGCGCGCCGAGCCCCGACUCUAUGGCCCGCGGGGAGCGCGCCGCCGCUGCGCCGCCCACCCGCAGCCGGAAUCCGAGCUCCAGCACCAGGCAGAGCGCAGAGGCGCGCGCCGCGGGCCGGGGCCCAGGGGCCGGGCCGCCCCGGGCGCGGGGCAUGGGAGCCCGGUAGCCGAGUGGCGCGAGGACCCCUGCGGCGGGCAGGACCCGCCGAGCGAAGACCGCCGAGCCCGGGGAGAGCCGGAGUCAGCGAACCGUCCGCCCCCGGCCGCAGCCCCGCCAGAGCCCUCCCCCGGCGGCGCGCACCCGAGCGCGCACACACUUGCACACCUUUCCUCCGCUCCUGCCCAGCCUCGCCUGGCCCCCGCCGGAGCACCCCCGGUGGGCCGAUGCCAUGGGUAACAACUUCUCCAGUGUCUCGUCUCUGCAGCGAGGAAACCCGAGCCGCGCAUCGCGGGGCCACCCCCAGAACCUCAAAGACUCCAUCGGGGGCUCCUUCCCGGUCCCCUCUCACCGAUGCCAUCACAAGCAGAAGCAUUGCCCGCCUGCGCUGUCAGGUGGGGGGCUCCCGGCCACGCCGCUGCUCUUCCACCCCCACACUAAGGGCUCCCAGAUCCUCAUGGACCUCAACCACAAGGCCGUCAAGCGGCAGGCCAGCUUCUGCAACGCCAUCACCUUCAGUAACCGUCCAGUGCUCAUCUACGAGCAAGUCAGGUUGAAGAUCACCAAGAAGCAAUGCUGUUGGAGUGGGGCCCUGCGACUUGGCUUCACCAGCAAGGACCCUUCCCGCAUCCACCCCGACUCACUGCCCAAGUACGCCUGCCCUGACCUGGUGUCUCAGAGUGGCUUCUGGGCCAAAGCGUUGCCUGAGGAGUUUGCCAACGAGGGCAACAUCAUUGCCUUCUGGGUGGACAAGAAGGGCCGCGUCUUCUACCGGAUCAAUGAGUCAGCCGCUAUGCUUUUCUUCAGUGGGGUCCGAACAGUGGACCCACUCUGGGCCCUGGUGGACGUCUACGGCCUCACGCGGGGUGUCCAGCUGCUAGACAGCGAGCUGGUGCUGCCCGACUGCCUACGGCCGCGCUCCUUCACCGCGCUGCGGCGGCCGUCGCUGCGGUGCGAGGCGGACGAGGCGCGCCUGUCGGUGAGCCUGUGCGACCUCAACGUGCCGGGAACCGACGGCGACGACGGAGCCCCGCCCGCCGGCUGCCCGAUCCCGCAGAACUCGCUCAACUCCCAGCACAGCCGCGCGCUGCCCGCGCAGCUCGACGGCGACCUGCGCUUCCACGCGCUGCGCGCCGGCGCGCACGUCCGCAUCCUGGACGAGCAGACGGUGGCGCGCCUGGAGCACGGGCGCGACGAGCGCGCGCUCGUCUUCACCAGCCGGCCAGUGCACGUGGCCGAGACCAUCUUCAUCAAGGUCACGCGCUCCGGCGCUGCGCGAGCGGGCGCGCUGUCCUUCGGGGUCACCACGUGUGACCCUGGCACGCUGCGGCCCGCCGACCUGCCCUUCAGCCCCGAGGCCCUGGUGGACCGCAAGGAGUUCUGGGCGGUGUGUCGCGUGCCCGGGCCUCUGCACAGCGGCGACAUCCUGGGCCUGGUGGUCAACGCAGACGGAGAGCUGCACCUGAGUCACAACGGCGCGGCAGCCGGCAUGCAGCUGUGCGUGGACGCCUCGCAGCCUCUCUGGAUGCUCUUCAGCCUGCACGGCGCCAUCACGCAGGUCCGCAUCCUCGGCUCCACCAUCAUGGCUGAACGGGGUGGCCCGUCUCUCCCCUGCUCACCUGCUUCCACUCCAACCUCGCCCAGUGCCCUGGGCAGCCGCCUCUCUGACUCCCUGCUUAGCACCUGCGGUUCUGGGCCCCUGGGUGGCUCUGCUGGUGGGACAGCCCCCAACUCACCGGUGAGCCUGCCUGAGUCCCCGGUGACCCUGGGUGUGGGCCAGUGGAGCGAUGAAUGCACCAUUUGCUAUGAACACGCGGUGGAUACCGUCAUCUACACGUGUGGCCACAUGUGCCUGUGCUACGCCUGUGGCCUGCGCCUCAAGAAGGCCCUGCACGCCUGCUGCCCCAUCUGCCGUCGCCCCAUCAAGGAUAUCAUCAAGACCUACCGCAGCUCCUAGCCCACUGCAGAGCCCCACCUGCACGCCCACUUCUGCAGACUGCAGCCCAGCACCGGCUGAGGGCAAAGCCAACAGGGUCCCUUCCUUCUACAGUUUGCAAACUCCUCCUCCUUUCCAUUAAACAUGGGAAACCAAGGUCCCUGAAGGUUUGGGCUGAGAGGGUCUUAGGCAGGGAGGUGGGGACACAAGCAGUUCAUAAUGAGUGGAGGGGAGAGAAGAAGGGUACCCCACAAUCUGUCUCCUCUUUACCCAGGUUUCUGAGGGGCUGAAGUAGAGUCUCAGCUUGUUGCCAUCCCUCCCUAUCUAGGCAGAUCUCUAGGUUGUGCAGCCCGCGUGACAUCUUGGAGAGAGUCAGCAAACAUGUAGCUUCUCCUGGGCAGCUGGGGAGGAGGCCAGUGGACUCCUUACACCCUGGGCAGCUGCAAACUGCAUGCCUCGUCUCUUUCUCCUUACCCAGAGUGGGUAAACAGACAGGCUGCAGAUUCCGGUCCUAGGUCCUUGACCUUGUGUGAACCUGCCAUGUUCAGGACCUCCUGUUUGCCAUGACUUUCGCCAAUCAUCUCACUGGUGCCGUUUCCCAGGGUGCCCUUCAGUAUAGGCUGAUGUAGGCCUUUCUGUUGUCAGGGUCUCAGAAGAACAGGGCCACAGCCACACUUAAGACCUGUCCUCCCUCAUCUCAGUGCCAGCCCCGGCCUGGGCUGAUCUUGCCAUCGUGUGCCCAGGAGGGACAGGAGCCCUCAGUGGGGUGGGGGUUUCCUGACCUGUGGACAGACCUUUUCCUUAUUUUAAUUUAUUUAUUUAUUUGGUUUAUGGGUUUUGCUUAUGAGUUAUGUUCCAACCCGGGGUCUCCUAAAAUGCUGCUGUUGGGGGCUUGAUGGGUGAAGAGAAGCAAGGAAUAGCCCACUCAGAAUCUACCCCCAACAUAAGGUUCCUGGCCAGUCCUGCUAACCCUGAGGUAGAAUUCCAGGCUGGAGGCCUCCCAGGAGGUGGAGGCGCCCUUCCUCCCUGGGUGGGAGCACUGUUAGUGUGGCUGGUCCCAGGGUAUCCACCUCUACAAAGCCAUCAGAAGUUCUGGAAGGUUGGGGGGGAGGGGAGGUGGUUAACACGUGGGGCGGGGACCAGAAUGGAGACCCAUGUCAGAAGAGGGAGGAUAGAUCCUGAAAGCCAGGCUCUGGUCCUGCUAAGGGGGUGUCCAUUACUUAAGGACCAUGGCCCCUAUAGUCCUAAAUGCCUGUUCUAGGUUACUGUGGAGUCUUAGCCUAGGCUUUCCAGGCCUUUCAGUCCUUGGCUCUCAUAUGGCUGUUUUUAUCCCCUCAGAGGUGGCUUCUGCCUUGAAAGAUCUGGGUCUCUGUCCUGGCCACUGGCCACUCAUGUGGCUCUGACCACAGGUCACCCCUACCCUCAAACUCCAGGUUCCCCUGGGUAAAAGUUUGGGGGUGGAACACUUUCCCUGUAGUUCCUGGGAGUUCUUCUCAGGUGUCUCUUCAGAGGAAUGUACUGGGGAGGUGUUGAGAAUGUAUGCCAGGGUGGGCCUUUGCCUGCACCCUCAGUCUCUAGUCACUGGCCCUGGCAGAAUCCUUCAGGCUGGAGCUGGUAAGUUGCCCCAUCUAGCUGGGGCUCAUCCUAGCAAUGGCGAGAGGUCCUAGUACAGAGCUGUGUGGCUGGAGGUGGGAAAAGAAGCCAUUGUCCAUUCAGAGGUAGGACUGCCUCCCCUGUGAACUGGGUCACUGUGUUUGUGAAUAAAGGUGAUUUCGUACCAGC